AUGCGGCCCUGCGUCAAAGACCUGAUGAAGCUGUGCAAAGCGUUCAUCAAAGCAUUCGACCAACCAAUUUCCACCGGAGAGACAUCUACCGAAGGACUACCGCGGAAGCAGAUCGCGAAUCUGAUGUCAGCAAAGAUCUUCAUGGACCAGCCAUCAAGAAAUGAGGCGUCAUAUGGCUUUGGCUGGGCCCGCGUUCAGCCUCCCGGAAGAAUGGGUCAGAUUGGCAUCAAUCCCCAUUUGAUGCCUGAGGGGAUGCCCGUUGUCGGCAAAGGAGUACCGUCCCGUUUGGUUAUUUUCCACCAAGGAAGCAUGCCUGGCACAUUGGCUCUCAACAUGCUUGUUCCGGACACGGAAAGCGCCAUCGUCAUCACACCCAACGCACUGGCUUUCAACGACGUCCCUGACUGGGUUGGGCAGCUGCUGCUGGAGGAGUUUCUCGAGGUUCCGACCCACAAACGCAACGAUUACAUCGCGGCAGCCAAGAUUUCAGCAGCUACAAAUCUCCGGUGGUACCCUGAUCUCGUUGAGGAGCUUGAGUGA